UUGACUUGAAAUGUUUUAGGAAUCAAAGGAUCCAUCACAACUCAGUCAGGAUAUCCAGUCAGCAGGUCCACUCCUUACAGGUCUUCUUCCACAAGUAACUGAUCAAAGUGAAAACACAGUUACAGAGGAAAUAUUGUCAGCUGUAAAUUUAUCUGGUGUUCCUCAGUCAACCCCAGUUAAGCCAAAUAGAAUUAAUAGUUCUACGCAAGUACCUGACUCUCCAUUUCCUUCAAGACUUCUGUUGGUGUUAUCAAGUCCUGAAAAAUCUAUACAGUGUUCAAAGCCAUCUACAUCAGGGACGUACUACGCCUUACCAGCCAUAAAGUCCUAUCAGUCAAAUGAACAAACAUAUGCUGAAAGUGAGAACAUCAAUGAAGACCUUAGUCUUGAUGUCAGCAUGCUUUCACUGGAUCCUACAACUGAAAAGGACCUAAGUUUUGUUCCUCUAAGUUCGACCUCAACAUCAACUCCAACUACAGAAGAAGAAGAAGCAAAUUGUAGAUUCAGAGAUAAAAAAUGGAUCGUCAAUGAGUCCAGUUUGAUGGAGCUGUUUACCAGAUGUCAUCAUUGUGGAGCAUCAGUCACUGAAACUAAAAAAACAACUUGUGGAAGCCUCAUACGUGUUGCUUGGGAAUGUUCAAAUGGUCAUCAAGGAAAAUGGAACUCGUGUGAUGAAAUUAGAGGCAUGCCAGCUAACAACCUUCUUGUGGCAGCGUGUAUACUUUUCACUGGGGCAACAUAUGCAGACAUUGAUGACUGGGCUUCAUUACUCAACCUCCAAAUACCAAAGAAAACCACCUUUUACGCUAUCCAGUCCUCUUACUUAAUCCCGGUUGUAGACGUUAUGUACAAAGAACAACAGGAGAAAUUGCUGGAAGGCUUGCGGACACAAAACAUUCUGGAAAAAGGAGUUCAUUUGUCAGGAGAUGGGAGAAAUGACAGCCCUGGAUUCUCAGCAAAGUACUGUACAUACAGUAUAAUGGAUGAUUCGACGAAUCAGGUUGUUCACUACGAGUUGGUGCAGGUUACAGAAGCAGCAAGCUCUGUUGGCAUGGAGCCCAUAGGCUUUAAAAGAGGUCUAAACUCUCUUUUGGAAAUGGGAAUUGACAUUGACGUGAUGACUACGGACAGAUCCCCAUUUAUUAGAAAGAUCAUGAGGGUUGAUUAUCCACAAAUUCAUCAUGAGUUUGACAUCUGGCACGUAGUGAAGGGUUUCUUCAAGAAAUUACUAUCAGUUUCUAAAAAGAAAGAAAAUGUAGACCUUCAGCCAUGGAUUAAAAGCAUAUGCAACCAUUUGUGGUAUGCAUGUGCAUCCUGCAACGGUUUUGACUGCAAAGUGGAAAUCUCUGCUCCAUCACAUUUGCGGUGA